AGGGCACCCAGGGUCACAUGUGCACAGCUGACGGGGGCAGGGGGUUUCUGGGCUCCCCUCGCACCUCCCAGUGGGGCGGGGAGACUGCCCGGGCCACCCCCUCAGCUCGGAGGUGGCUGGCCCCGCCUCCCUUUCCCCACAGCUACAGCUCGGCUCCGCGGCGGGGCGGUGCCCAGUCCCGCCUGGCCCCGGUUCCGAGCCGUGUCCGUGUGCAGGGAGGCCCCCGGGCCAUGGCGUCCGCGCUCGGCGCCUUCUGGCUGCUGCUGGCCGCCGCCUUCCUCGCCGCGCUGCUGCUGGAGCUGCUGCAGGCCCCGUGUGCGGGGCCCGGAGCCGGCCUCUUCCAGGACCUGACCCGCUACGGGAAGACCAAGAGCGGCCGCGGGCAGCGCCCAGCCUGGCUGCGGCUUCUGGAUGUGCCCAAGAGGUGGUUUUCUCACUUUUAUAUUCUUUCUGUGGUCUGGAAUGGCUUCCUGCUCCUAUUGCUUAUUCAAGCUUUGUUCCUAUCAAGACCUUUCCCAAUAUGGCUUCAGGAUUUGCUCAGUGCUAUUGGUGGAGCUUCGCAGAACCAGGAUGUGGGUGACAAACACCUGUCUGCCCUCCUGGUUCUCCUGCUCCUGUGGCUACACAGCUUUCGAAGGCUCAUAGAGUGCCUGUGCAUCAGUGUCUUCUCCAAUGGUGUCAUUCAUAUCUUACAGUACUGCUUGGGACUUGGGUACUAUAGUGUUAUUGGCUUAACGGUGCUGUGUCAAGUGCCAGCUAAUGUCAGCAAUGGGAAAGACCUCUUUAUGCAGAUCUGCUGGUACCACAUCCUAGGAAUUAUGAUGUACAUUUGGGCCUCUGUUCACCAACAUAGAUGCCAUGUGAUUCUAGCUAAUCUUAGAAAAAGUAAAUCAGGAAAGGUAGUAAGCUUGAACCACAGCAUUCCUUUUGGAGACUGGUUUGAGAGAGUAUCUUGCCCACAUUAUUUUGCUGAACUCCUAAUAUAUGUAGCCAUGGCCAUCAUAUUUGGAUUUCAAAACAUAACCUGGUGGCUUGCAGUAAUGUUUGUGUUGUUUAACCAGGCAUUGGCUGCAGUUCUGUGCCAUGAGUUCUAUGUGAACAAAUUCAGCUGCUACCCAACACAUCGAAAAGCAUUUAUACCAUUUCUUUUUUAGAACCUUUAUUUUUGUUAAAUAUGUCUUUAAUGCAACCUGUGAAAUGCUGUUUAAAAGGUAAUGAAAGACUGAGGUUCUCAUGAGUAUGUGUAAUGCAACUGUUACAGAAGCUGUGGUGAAACAAUACUUACUGUCUGAUUUCAGCUCAAAGCUACACAGGACUUUAAUGAAAAAAAAAUUCAUUUUGAUUUAAUGAUAAAGUAUCUGUGACAGAUACUGCUCUGCUUCCCCCCCACCCCACCCCACCCGUCGUCUUGCCUGUGUUUUCCAUCUCUGCAGCCCUGGUUCAGAGUACUUUUUCUUUUUUCAUGGCUGUGUGUGGCUGAGUGAGAGAUAAACGCAGCUGCAGAUUUCUUGUCUAGUGCCAUGACCUUGGACUGGGGCCAGUGUAGCGUCUUAUUGUCAGGCUGAGCUAGCUACAGUGUUGAGUUAACCUGUUCUCUGCUCUCUUCCUCUGUCCCCUUUGGCCUCUUGCAAUCUGCAAAGGAAUCUUCAAUUCCACACUCACACCUUUGACUCUUCCCAAAAUGUCCUGUGAUUUUUGCAACAGCGUUAGCAAUAUACAGUGAUGACCUGCCUCCCGCCGGGGGACCCUUGAGGGAGGGGGCCAUUGGGGUGUGACAUAUCUACAGUAUGUACAAUCUGAACUGUACAUGGUAUUAAAGACCUCAGUUAAAAUGCAGGAAUUGCUGAUGUUUAACAUUUGUAUAUUUGACAUUCAUGUGUAAUAUUUAAACCACUUUCAUUGCUGCUAUGUAGCAAGCCAAAGUGUGUGCCUGUAUUUUAUAUGUAACACACACAUGUAUGUAGGGAAGGGAAGUUGCUCAAAGUGAGGAGAAACCACUGUAUUUCAUCUCUUAACUAAUAUUUUAAAAGAAAACUAUACUCAUCCCCCACAUACCGUGACCAUUAAAUCUAUUAAAAGAAGCAAACUGUUAAAGAAUAUGGUGCAUUGCCUCUAAAUAUUUUCCUAUGGAUAAUUUUGAAAGUAGUUGGUGGUAUUAGAGGAGAGUGAGUAUGGGAUUAAUGGGGAGAGGAAACUAGGAUAUUUUGAAUAUAAGGAUAAGAGACUCCCACUUAUGACUGUUUCAUUUUUUGCUAAUAUAUAUUUGUUUCAAUUCACAUCUUUCAGAAAUACCAAAUACAAUAAAAGGUUGAGAAAUCUCUUUGAUGGGAAGGAUGGGUAUUCCAUUGGCUGACUCAUUCUACUGCCUAAAAAGUAGAUUUUUCUGCUACAGAGAAGUCAGUGGUCCAUAAAGAAUGUCACCUUUUGCUAUGGACAGUUAUGUUUGCACUCUUAGAAAACUGUAUAGAACUCAGAUGCCCCCUUCACCACAAGGUGUAUUAAGAAUUGCGAUAGCCCAUUCUGUUAAGUUUGUGCAAAAUUGUAGAGUGGGAAUUACAUAUAUUGGGUGAGAUGUAGACUUAAAAAGAAAUCACCUACCUUAUUCACUGUUGUUGCCAUACUGAGAUCAGAACUUAAAGUAUGAUACUACUCUAAAAGUGGCCAUCUAGUGUUUUAUAUUAUUUUUGUCUCAAAUAUUUCCACUUAAAUUUGCUUAGUUUUCAGAGAAGCUACAUUUUCCAACUACCAAUCCUACAAACUCAUACUGAGUUCUGACAGUCACAGCAGAUUCUCUCUAUCUCAUCCAUAAGGUUAAGAUUCUGUCACAGGUAUUUUUAGUAAAAGUCAGGGACAGGUCACAGGCAAUAAACAAAAAUUAAUGGAAGCCCACACCCUGUCCCUAACUUUUACUAAAAAUACCCUGGGGAGCUGGGGUGGUAAAUAGAGCACUGCUGGGGGCUUGCAGUUGCUCCAGCCUGUAUCUUGGACAGUGAGAACAGCCACAAUUAUAUUAAGAUGUAAAAAGUGUUUUUUUUUUUGUUUUUUGUUUUUUAAGUGUUAGAAUAGGUAUAAUAAACUUUCAUUAUACAGGACAUUCACCUACUUCUAAAUGACAGGAAUAUAUAUGUUGCUUUUCCUGAAAUCUACCCUGCGUUUACAGUUUCUUAUUCUCUCUCCACAAGUAAAUAGUAAAUAUAAGCCUAAGUUAGAGGGGGUGUCUUGUCUAUACCUUGUCCUCAACAACUGAAAUCGUGGAAGUAAUAAUCUCAGCAUUUAGCCAUAACUUCAUUUUUUGGUGGAAUAAUCUCUGAAGAUUCCUGUAGCUUGGGGAAUGAGAGAUGUAGUCCCUUCCUAGUGCCAUCUCUCAUUAAAGUGUUUUCUAUGACAGGCGCUGGGCUUGAUUCCCAGGAGGCCACUUGGACUUGCUUCAAGGCAUUUCCCACUUCAGCAUUUGCACUGCAGUUAACAGUCUUGUAAACAGAAAAAUCAGUGAUUCUGUCAAGUUGCUUGGCUAAAAAGUACUUUAGCAAAUAUCCAGGGGCGGCUCCAGGCCCCAGCAUGCCAAGCGUGUGCUUGGGGCGGCAUGCCGCAAGGGGUGCUCUGCUGGUCGCCGGGAGGGCGGCAGGCAGGCAGC